GCAGACUUCUUAGUCUUCACUCCACCUUUAUAAAUAAAGUCUCCCUUGAUCUAUCUACCCAUCCUAAGACAUAUUCCACUUGUUUCACCAAACAACAUGAAAACUCAAACUCAAGUUGAUGAUCAGUUGGUUCUACUCUCCCAGUACUAUCCUGCGAUAUAUGACCAGCUAAUACCGGAACAAGUGGAAGUUGUGAAACCACGAAGAAGACGGAAGAAGACCAAAUCGGAGAGCAGCACAGGGUUUAAAAAGAGGAAACUAAGUGAUGAACAAGUGAGCCUUCUUGAGCAAAACUUUGGAGAUGAACAUAAACUGGAAUCAGAAAGGAAAGAUAAACUCGCGUCUGAACUUGGGCUUGACCCUCGCCAAGUUGCUGUGUGGUUCCAGAACAGGCGUGCUCGAUGGAAGAAUAAGAAGCUCGAACAGGAAUACUCGAAGCUCAAGAACGAUCACGAUUCAACUGUUCUUGAAAAAUGUCGCCUUGAAACUGAGGUGUUAAAGCUUAAAGAACAAUUAUCUGAGGCUGAAAAGGAAAUACACAGGCUGGCGGAGCGGUUGGAUGGAACAUCAAGCACGAGCCCGAGUUCAUCCUUUUCUAUGGAGGCCAUGGAGCCACCAUUUUUUGACGGAUUUGGGAUGGAAGGUUUGGAGAAUGUAUUUUGUGUGCAGGAUAACAGCUAUAUACAUGGAUUCGAUUGGCUCAACAUCUAAUUGUUAGGGAAGAUGUAAUUAAAUAAUUUUAGUAUGAAUUAAUCUAGGAUUGUAGAUAGUAACUAUCUAAUGUACAUCUUUAAUUAUCUGCGGUUUCUAGUUAAUGUUCACUGUGUUUUAUUGACUAGCAAA